AUGGCACACAUACACGAACCCCCUGACUACCGUGGACCGGAACCGGAUAUCCUGAUAUGCCGCGAAUGCAUGGCAGUCGAUCCGAAAUUCAGCGCACCGAUAGCCAACGUGACCGUGCCGGUUGGCCGCGAAGGAGUGAUGACGUGUACGGUGCACGACUUAUACAAAUACAAGGUCGCCUGGCUCAGGGUCGACACGCAAACCAUCUUAACGAUCGAAACCCUCGUGAUCACCAAGAGCGAACGGAUCGCGAUCACACAUACCGAGCAGCGGAUCUGGCAGCUGCGCAUAAAGGACAUCCGGGAGUCGGACAAGGGAUGGUACAUGUGCCAGAUCAACACGGACCCAAUGAAGAGCCAGAUGGGAUACCUCAAUGUUGUCGGUAAGCCGAGAAAGUAA